GUCAGUGAUCUGUGUCAGAGCAGGGCCAUUCUCCGUGUCCGUCACUCUCUCUCUCUCUUUCUCUCUCUUCUCUCUCUCUUUCUUUCUUUCUCUCCUUUUCUCUCUUCCUGUUUUACGCGGCCUACGCCUCCCUUUCGGUUCUCUUCACUUCGCUUCCCGUCGCGUCGUCUCCGUUUCCGUUCGCGCGUUCCUUCCGAGAGAUCAAUGUAUCCCGGUCUCCCGGUCUCUCCCCGGGUACUCGCGAGAUACACAUACACGGUAAUACGCAGUGCCACAGUGUGGAGUUGUUACCAGUGGGGAAAGAGCAAAAAUUAAGUUUACGUGCGGACGUACCACGCACAACGACCUUGGUCCACCACCGGCAACAACCAACCGACACCAACCACAGGACAGCUUAGUUUUAUCAAAAGCUGAAGAAAUUCUGGACAGGUCACGGAAAAAGAGCGGCAACUUUAUCUAACCGAGUCACUGGUACCCAAAGUCAACAAAUGGAGCAUAGAGGCGCGCCACGCGGGCAGCAGGAGCAGCAGUAGCGUUCAGCUGUCGUUGGGGGCCUGAUCGCCGGGCCCUGUCUCUCGGGCCCGAUCUCGCGCGGGGGGACGCGGGAUCGCGGAGGCGUCGCGCCGUGCCGGCCGAACGACCGCGAUGGCCGCGACCGACGGUCAGAUCGUCGUCGCAGCGGCACGCUGGGCCGAGGAGGCGACGUACCUGCGUGAGUUCGUCUCCAAGUACCGUCUACCAGCCGUGAUCAAGAUCACGAAGGGCCAGUAUGGCGGNNNGGGCGUGCCGACGCUACCGGCACCCAGUUUGCAGAGCACCGCGCUGCUGAUAUCGGCCGGCCGUCGGCGUAAAAUCGUGGCGCAAGCGGUGAAGAUCAAGGAAGGCCGUCGAGUGGUCGGGGUGGGCCCCAGACUGGCGAUACCGGACUCGUACGCGGGUUACUUCGAGAUCCUGAGCGAAGAAGGCCGAGCGGUGCGCGGCAUCGAGUCGGUGAGCGAGUUAUCGCGAAGAUGUCCGGAGGAGGGUGCUCUAGUGCGCGAAACCGUGCGCGGCAUCGCCUGUCGGGUGGACGACGAGUCAGGUAUCGUGGUACCGGAGGGUACGAGGACCCUCGCGGCCGGCGAGACGAUCGUUACCGCCGGUGAAGUGGCGUUACCCGGUCGCGGCCGGUUUCUGCGCUGCGUGGACUGUCACGGUGACAGCGUUUUGCUUGGGAUGGAUCAACGUGGACGUUUCAGCGCUCUGGCACGCGAGGACAACAUCAGCGGUGUGCACACCGCCAAGGCGCUCCUCAGCAAACGUCUGCCACUCACCGUGAGACUGGUACAUGGUCAACCGCCGCGAGGACUCAAGUCGUCGUCACAAUUUGUGCCCGAGUUGAGGCUGCUGUCGACUUUCGAGGAGGAGCACGUAUUCGCGUUGCCGUUGCAGAGGGAAGGUGCGGCGGUUGCACUACCGCUCGCGGCGCCGCUUAAGCUGGUGAAGGCGCGAAACGAGGAGGCACUCAGGUCGAUGCAGGAGUUCACGAGGUUGGUGGAACGCGCCUCCCGUCUGGUUGCCGACGUGGCUGAUCGGGCGCAUGUGUUGGACGGUCGUCUGGGCGAGAGCAAGCCCUCCAGGCAGACGAGGAGUGGCUCAGGCUUCCUCAGAAGACCAUCGACAAACUCGGAUCAUACACCGUUGAGCCACCAUAGGAACAGCAGCGCUAGCCACCAUCAUCAUCAUCAUCACUAUCACAGCAACGGGCAUCAGCCGUCCUCCGGACACUCCGGGUACCGGGAUGAGAACAGGGUACCGCCGUCAUCAGCCUGUACGGAAGAGUACGACGAAAUCGAUCAAAUAUACGACUACGUGCGCGGCUUUAAGAGCGUCAGGUCGCCCUACGAGAGUCCUCUCGUCGCAGUCCAGGGGGGUUCGACUCCACCGUUGACGCCGGUGACUGUGACGAUUACGCCUUUAUUGGACGAUCGACCGGAACCACCACCGAUCGAGACGAUACCGACGAAGAAGAUUCAGGCGGAGAAGCGGACUAGGCGUGCGGUCAAGGAAGCGCCGCAGCCGCGGGGGGAGAAGCCGCCGCUGGCGAAGCUCUACGUGAAGAACAGCGGUACUCAGCGCGGGCGACCGCUGAUGAGGCAGAAGAGCGCAUCGCCCUUGAAGGAAACGCCGCCGGGUUACAAGGGUGGUUCGCCGCUCUUCAACAUACGUUACAAGAGUCUAACGAAUCUCCAACAGGCCAUGGAGCUCGACGGCACGCUGGAUUCCAGUCACUCGGGCGGAAGGACGUCGGGAGAUUCCGGCGCGGGUGCCAAGCUGCCAGAGAAGAGAUCGAGACGUUUAAGCAGGCCACGAUCGCUGACGAAUUUAGUCUGGGAGCUACGAGGUGGAGCGGCCUCGGCUGCAUCUCCGCCGCCCGCCACGACUGCACCGCUGCCACCGACUAAAUGUGGGCCUCGUCUGGCUGUCACUGUCGUGGCACCGCGACGUGUCGGCACGCUCUACCUCUAA